AUGUCACCAAGAACAGAGUCUGUUGAAAACAGCAGACCAAGGAAAAGGAAAAAAGCUGCAGAUGAGACCCCCAGAAGACGGAUCAUGGUCUCUCAAAUGGCUGGAGCCUCCACAAGAUGCCAGGACACGAAGAGAACCAUGAGGAGACAGAGGAGUAAAGCCACAAAGGAGGCAAAGGAAUCUUCACCACCAGCCAAGAAGAAGAAGAAGGGUCUCCUGCAGCGGGUCCUGACCAAAGAGCCCCCAUCCUCCUGGGACAUCGGCUCAGGAGAUUUAAGGAAGAGGAAUCUGAGGAGGCAGAAGAUGAAAAUGAUGGAGAUGGACGAAGAUAGAGAAGAAUCCCAAAGAGAUCAGAGUAGUGACUUCCUCGAAAAAUAUAUUGAGCUGGAUCAACUGGGAGAAGGAGGCUUUGGAUUCGUGUUUGCUGGAUAUCGGGUAGAGGAUAAAUUACCUGUGGCUAUCAAGCGCAUCCCAAAAGACAACGUGGUCAUCAAACAUAAGGAUGAGAACGGCAGAGAGCUGGCCAUGGAGGUGGCUGUCAUGCUAGAAAUGAGGAACCUAAGCAGUUCACUGGGGCAGUCAGCCUUCGUGACCCUGCUGGACUGGUACGAUCUGGACGAACACCUGAUCAUAGUGAUGGAGAGGCCCAUGCCUUCUGACAACCUGUCAGACUACCUUAUGGAGAACAACGGUUGCCUUAAGGACAAGGAGGCUAAGAUCAUAUUGAAACAGCUAGUAGAAGCAGCGCUCUACCUUCAGAAUGUAAACAUCUUCCACAGGGACAUUAAGGUGGAAAAUAUCCUGAUUAAGACCACCGCAGAAGGCCUACAAGUCUAUCUGAUAGACUUUGGUUUAAGCUGCUUUGAUGACAGACGAGAACAUGAACUUUUCUGUGGUACUCCUGACCACUUCCCACUGGACUGGUACGUUAACACUAACUACAGGGCUGGGCCUACAACUGUGUGGCAGCUGGGUGUUGUACUGUAUGAAAUAGUCCACAGGCAUCAGUUCCAGACGUCAAACUUCCUCUCAAAAAAGCUGAAGAUCAGCAAAAGGCUCUCCAAGAACUGCCAGGAUGUUCUAACAAAAUGUCUGAUGGUUGACCCUGAGGAACGUCCCACCCUGGAACAGCUGCUGGGCCACCCGUGGUUUUUGUAGACCACACACACACACCCUCACACAUAUACACCCCCUCACUACACUUAUACAUUAUUAUUUUUUCUAGCA